GUGCCGGGUUAUGGCGGGCAGGUGCGGGCGGCGAGCGGCGAUCGGGGCCGCGUUCCUGGGGUUGGGAACCGCGUUCUUGGCCCUGAUCUCCGCCGUCCUGCUCCGUGCUUACCUCCCGCGCUCCCCGGCCAUCCCCCGCCUAUGGGCUCGGCGCGGAGGCACCGCCGGCUUCAGCGCCGGCGAGAGGCUGGAGCUGAAGGAAGCGCUGCGAGGUGCUAUUAAAAUCCCAACUGUUUCUGUAUCUCCAGAGGACUUGAAUACAACUGCCAUGGCAGAAUUUGGGAAUUACAUUCAGGAAGUCUUCCCGGCUGUAUUUUCUUCAAAGUUCAUUCAACAUGAAAUUGUUGGGAAAUACAGCCACCUCUUUACUGUUCAGGGCUCUAACCCUGAAAUGCUGCCCUAUAUGCUGCUUGCACACAUGGAUGUUGUGCCUGCUCCCCCAGAGGGUUGGGAUUUUCCUCCUUUCUCAGCUGCAGAGCACGAAGGUUUCAUCUAUGGACGAGGAACGCUGGAUAACAAAAACUCUGCCAUAGGUAUUUUGCAAGCACUAGAAUUUCUGCUGAGAAGAAAUUACAGACCCAGCAGAUCUUUCUAUAUUGGCAUUGGACACGAUGAAGAGGUGUCUGGCUGGAAGGGAGGGCUGCAGAUUGCAGCUCUGUUGGAAAGCAGAGGAGUGAAACUUUCCUUCUUACUCGACGAGGGAAGUGCAGUGCUGGAUGGCAUCAUUGCAGGAGUGAAGAAGCCAGUAGCUGUAAUUGCUAUCACAGAAAAGGGUUCCAUAACACUGAAUUUCACUGUGGAAAAAGAUCCAGGACACUCAUCCUUUCCUCCUAAGGAGACAAGUAUUGGAAUCCUUGCAGCAGCCAUGUCCAGACUGGAGCAGAAUCCCUUGCGCAAUCUCUUUGGCUAUGGACCAGAACUCAUGACUCUGGAGCACCUUGCAUCAGAGUUCAGCUUUCCUCUCAAUCUCAUCAUGAGCAAUCUCUGGCUGUUUUCACCUAUAAUCAGCAGAGUUCUUUCCUGGAAACCUUCCACCAAUGCCUUGAUUCGAACUACUACAGCAGUCACAAUCUUUAAUGCAGGAGUCAAGACAAAUGUCAUCCCAGCUUCUGCAAAAGCAACUGUGAACUUUCGGAUCCACUCUGCUGAGAAGGCAGCUGAGGUGCUGGAGGUAGUUAGAAACAUCAUUGCUGAUGACAGAGUGAAGAUUGAUGUAGUAGAUGCUUUUGACCCACUGCCCAUCAGUCCCUGGGAUGCCCAGACCUUUGGAGUCCAUAUUUUUCAAAGAACCAUCCUGGAUACUUUCCCAGAUGUUGACAGUGUAGUCCCAGGCACCUGUAUUGGGAACACAGACAGCAGGCACUUCACUAACAUCACAAAUACCAUUUACAGAUUCAAUCCAGUGCUCCUGAAACCUGAUGAUCUUCCCAGGAUCCAUGGCUUGAAUGAGAGAAUCUCAGUUGAGAAUUAUGAGAAGCAGGUUGAGUUCCUCUUUCAGCUGAUUAAAAACUGUGACACUGAGAGGCUGCCUGAGCCCCACAGGAACUCCCACGAGCUGUGAGAAACCCCCCUGAGAAGAGCAGCUCCUCAGGUGGACUCUGGGGUGGCAGGGCUGUGAGGUGCAGUUGUGUGUCCCAUAUUGAGCUGUGUCUGGAAAUUGGGGUUUUGCUUAUUCUGGUUUGCACACAGAUGGAAAAACUGCUGGUUGCUGCAUGAGGCAAGUGUGUGGUUUGCCAGAAAGUGAUAAGAACCUGGACAAAACACAACAAAUCUCCUUGAUUUCUGUUCUUUCCUGGUUUGACAUGCAGCCCUUAAUCUGAGGGUAUUAAUUUUUUCAGCACUUAUCUUUAAGCCUCAGGAAUUGGUAGUCACUUAAAAAUCUAAGCUAUAAUCAGUAAUCAUCAGUAAAAGAGGUGAAUCUUCCCAGGAGUGCUUUUCACAAUCUCAGUUUAUCCACUUAAUUGAUUUCUCCCAACUGAUGUCUCUGCCAAAAGCUCACAGAAGGGUUUGUGGCAUGGCACAGGGUUUGUUCACUAGGAGUUGCCCUCAGUUUCUUGCACUGCUGCUUGGGGGGGGGCUUUUUCCCCAGGGGGUGCCCUCAGCCCACACCAAUGGUGCUCUCCACCAGUCCCACUCUCCAGUGGACACUGUGAAGUUCUCCCAUGCACUGAUCUCUGUUUAAAAACACAGAACUCCUGAAGUUCUAGGUAGGCUGUUUUCACUGGUGUCACCCUGAUCUCAGAAAUGCUGAAAGCUUUUCUUCCUCUCUUUUUGGUUCUUUCACACUCUCUAGUAAGGCCAUUGAAACUUUCAAUAAGAACCUAAUCAGUAUUGCCUGCUGAUUUAUAUUCUCUUUUCCCUAAAUCAGUUUCUGUAGCAUAUUAUUUUCUCUUCUUCCUCUGAGAACUUGAUUGUGAGAGAUGCUGAAGCCCUUCAGCCUCUCCCAGUUCAGUGGGAGCAGAGCCCAUGUCCCUCCCCUGCCUGCAGGAGCAAUUCCCCCUCUCAGAGUGUUUGCUGCCUCAGCUCCUUGGGAAUUCUGUUGUGCACAGGUAGUGACUGUUUCACCUUGCAGUUCUUGCACUAGCACACCUACCUUUGUCACUAGAGGGCUCAGUAUUCUUUUGGCUUUUUUACCAGGGCUUGUAAUUAGUAAUUAGGGACAAAGAGAGUGAAGAACCCAAUGUUACCCCAAGUACAGAGGGGUGGGAGCUGCUUUGUACUGACAUGCAGGCUCUGCUGCUGCUCCUCCUGUUGCAGAGAUGUGUGUCUCCUUUCAGAGUCUGAAUUAUGCACCGGAAUGGAUAGUUCUGCUCUAAAUUAAUGGUGUAAAAUGUCCUGAAAUGCACAGGAAAUAAGCUAAAAUGGAUCCUGGAAAACAGCAAUGGAACUGUGAUUUCUUUUCUUCCCAUUCUCUACUUAUUUACAGUUUGGUCUUAUCAGUGUGGCCCAUGGGCUAAAACUGUAUCAGCCUACUAAAUAACUGAAACCUGAUUGUCAUUUUCAUCUAAUAAAGCAAGGAAUGCAGAUUCUUUUCUGAUUAUUA